AUCCAUGUCCAAAUCAAUCGGUCGAUCGAUAAAAUAAUAUUUUUAACGUACAGAUUUAGUUUUAACACGAAGCAAUGACGGAUACCAACAAACCACCCGAAAUAAUCGAACAAGAUUCCGAGCAAAAAGAUCUAACCACCAAAACUGGAUUUCAGCCGCUGCUGUACAAUUUUCGCAUCGCUCCAGUAAACGUCGACGCCAAUAAGUUUGCACUACAACUACCGUUUUCUGUCUUGUUUGAUAACCUCAUCACGGUUCUGUGGUCCAUGUACGGCAAAGAACCGAAAAUUAAGUGUGGUAUCAAUCAAUUGCGAUGGGCGUUAGAGCUUUUGAAAUGCUUCAGAGUAGAUUACCGUUAUCCGGAUAGCAUAGUAAAAAUCGUCAAGGACCUCGAGAAACAAAUUAUUGAACUUUAUGCCAAGCUGGGUGGUAUGUUGCAAAAAAUGAAGGCGCAACGGGAGCUGGAAGAAGAGAAGGAAAUCGAGUCGGAAGACGUGGAAAAAUCGAACGAGGAAAAUGUUUUGGAUUAUGCCAUGAACUGCGUAUCGUACAACGAAAAAGAUGUCAUGAACAAGUUAAACGAACUAAACAUACCGAUCGACAUCGAGACCGGUGAACCGAAAGCCUUAAAGGAACUGAAUUCGUUGGGUGGAAAAAAAUCCAAAAGCGUUGAUAGAAUAUGUAAACUCGAAAAGAAAACUUCGAAAACUCAUGUGAUUGGUGCACUACAAAAGAUAUUGAACACUACUACAGAGGAGACAACUAUAUCAGAAGUCGAAGAAUUAAUUAAAGGAUUAAAGCUUCAAAAUUCAACUAUGCCAAAGCUCAAAGAAGAACUCAUUUCUUUUGCUACAUCUUGGUCGUUAAUUUGUAAAGUUGGUUUACAAAGAGCGUAUGAAGAUUCAAGUCAAAUCGAUGCUGCUGAUAAUGAUGAAUGGGCUAAUGAAUAUGAUUUAAAGUGUAGUAAUGUAAAAGAGUGUAAUGUAUAUCUAUCAUGUGCAUAG